GACACACCCAUGGUGUUGUUGUCCCAUUGAUGGCAACCAAAGUAUGAGAAGCGCGCGCGCGGCCCACCAGACAGCUGUCGUCGACUCCAGACGGUGGAGCAACAACAUCUCGACUCUUUACGGGCCGGACGCUAAAGUCACAGCAGCAGUGCGAUGUACCAGGAUAUGGCGGUAAGGUCGAGACGAAUUCAGGUAGAGCGAAGUGAGGAGGCGCUCAAUCACGACCAAAAGAGCAAAUGUCGGAAGGCAGAUCCAGGGUGUAUAUACGAUUGGUGGUGGUGCCUGGUCGUGCAUCCAUCCCUUGAUCCGUGAUGCUGCGAUACGGAAAGAUUUCCCCACGGCCCGGUGUUUUAGUUCGAUCUGCUUUGCGUGCCGGCGAUUCGCAUAGAGGAAUCCCGGUGUGGGAGGUAUCUUUCUGUGGAUCGUCAGUCAUGCUCGCUCGCCGAUGUCGUCUGGAUGCCAAUGAGAUAGAUAGAUGGUGGCCGUGCACUCGUGCACACCGCAAAGUCGCCUACUGCCAGAUUUGCUCUAGCAUCGUGCUCCAUAUCUGCGCGUGCAUUUGUGCGACUCUGCGUCGACGUGUCUCGGUUGAGAGAGAGAGAGAGAGGUCGGUUCACAGACAGCCUUGUGGAGGAGGUCUACUCUGCUGUCAAAUUUCAUGGUAUCGAAAAAUGAUCGUGGGGGCAGGGAGUGGGAUCAUGAGCGUCCUGUGAACGAUGCAUCAAAGCCAGAUGCUGCUACUGCUGAUGCUGCUGCUGCUAUCCGCGAUCCCGGUUGGACCUGGUCCGUAAAGGCGCUGUGCAUGAAGUCCUUCGUCCCCCAAGCGAUAUGCGCCCUGCGGCAGGUGAUACGACCCGCAUGGUGCGCUGUGAUGACAGAACGCGGUCGGCAUACCCUUUUGGCGCUGUGCGAUGGAGAGGGUCAUCGGAGAGAGAGGGCGAGAGGGCGAGAGAGAGCGAGAGAGAGAGACAGAGACGACACGAUGAUGUGUAACAAAGGAAAGCGCUG